UAUACACAUGUGGUGGAAGUUGUAGUUGUAUGCUCUUAUGUUAAUGUAUACUUUAAGAUGAAAUAUUUAUUUAGAAGUAUUGUCUUUACUGGGAAAAUAUUAGUGAAAAACAAUGUUAACUAUGCAGUAUUUAAUCAAUUAUUGUAUUGUACAUCAAUUAAAUUACCUUGUGCCGUUUAUAGUGUCACAUGUAGGAGGAGCGUGUGUACAGGUUAUGAAAGCACCAAGUCUCGUAUGGUGGAAUUCCAAAAUAUGUUUGGAUGGAGUGAAAAAGAAACGAUGGAAAUACUUAAAGAAAAUCCGAAGCUUAUUAAAAACAGAAUAAACAAUGUAAAAGAUAUAUCGCUUCAUUUAGAAAAAAUAGGUAUAAGCAAGCAAUGUAUAAGCAACUCGCCUUGGUUGUUGUUAAAUUCUUUAAAUACUGUCAAAGUAAAAUUAAAACUUAUUGAAGAAAUAGGUAUUGAUGAAAAUUCUAUACAUUUACUGCCUAUUAGUUGUGAAAAACUGAAAACUGUGAUAAAAGUUUUUAGUAGAAAACCAUUAAAUGAAAAUAUACCGGAAAGAGUUCAAUAUCUGUGCGAAAACCUGGAAGUGAAUGUAGGAAAAUUAUAUGAAUUAAUAGGACAAUAUCCAUUUCUUAUCUAUGUUGAUUUUUCAAAAGUUAAAAAUAUCAUGAAAAUGUUAAAAAAUGCUAAUGUUAGUUCUGAACUUAUUUGUAAAGAUCUGUGGAUUUUUAGACAUAAUGAGGAGAUAAUGGCUCAAAGAAUGAAAACGAUUCAAUUAAUCGGUGCUCCCAUAAAGACUUGGUUACUACGUUCGACAGAAAAAAUUUUUAAUAAUUCGUUAGCGAGGUGGAAGAAGAAAGUUAAAGCAUUAGGAAAACACGAUAAUAUAAUUGACUAUUUGGCAGAAAGAUUGAACUGCAGUAAAGAAUAUAUAUGUGUUUUAAGCGAGAGAAAUCCACGUUUGCUAACUGUUCAUCCAUUGAAAGUAAAAGAGAUCUUAGAUUUCUUAUUCGAGAAGGGGUUUAAUGCACAACAGGUAUGUAAUUCUACAAGGAUUUUUCAGUACAGUCUUGAAACUAUUCAACAGAGGUUAAAAGAACUCGAAGAAUUAGAAUAUUAUCCAAGUUCACUCUGUGUUAUAUGCUGUACUAAGAAAGUACAUGAGAAUUUUGUAAAAAAGUUAAAAAGAUGGAAACAAGUAGAAAUCUUAAAAAGAAAGAAAUAAAUUAUUUUACUAGAAUAUAGUCGUAAGCUUCUUGCCUCUAAUAAAUUAAAUAAUUAUCUGAAAUAACCAAUUGGUGGCGAUAUACUUGGUCUAUCAAACUGUAAUGGACUGUAAGGAAGUUGGGAUCACAUCAAAAAAAAGGAGACAAUUUUUUUUUGUGGAAUGCAUUUCAGUCUUUACUAGACUAUCUUCAGCCACUAUUACAUAACUACAGAUACCUAUAACAAUUGCAAAAUAUUAUAUUUAACAUUUAGCCUUAACUUAAUAUAUAAUAAUUUACAAAAGGAAAAACAAACCUGCAAUAUUUAACUUAAUAAUUAAAGGUAACAUGAGUGUAUACUGCUAACUGUUCAUACAUCCAUCUGAUUACAAUUUCUUCUAUGGAUCUACUGACGGUUCACACAGACAAAUAAUUCCUUAUGUGACUCUGUUAAGCAGGUCUAUAGUAUUGGUUAACAGCAAUUCUUCUUGGUGAGAACUGGUAGCCAGGAUUCACUUACUUUCCUUUCCAAAUUGUCAUUAAUUCUAUAACUUUCAUAAUUUUAAAAUGUUCAUAAUAUUGCCUUUCAGUAAAUGUUUCUGUUUUUAAUAUUUUUAUUGUGUCUCCUACGAUUUCACAUCCUUUGGAAUUUCAUUGUUUGUAGUUGCACUAUCUGGCUACCAAUUGGUUAUUUGAGAUAGUUAUUUAAUUUAAAGUAUUCUA